CUCACGUAUGAGUAGUUGUCCAGCCUUGUCUUCAAAAAUUGAUCUGUGGUAUAUGGACCAUAGGGGGUUUCAAUUAUGCACUUCAGAAUGUCUGGGAGCCUGUAUCCUCUGAGUCGACAUUCGUGUGUUUCUACGCAGGAACGUGGCAAGAGGCUGAGCGAAGCUGAGCACGACUUUUAUCUCUGGCAACACCCCCCAUGACCGCGAUCCAUACCCAGCAUCAUGGCUGCGUUGGCUGUUUUGUGCGCAAUCCCUUGUUGCAAAGUCCCCGCUCCGACACCAUUCGAUCCCAUCAAAAAGACGAAGCCACGUGACUUUCGCCGCCCUCUCCAAAUCUUUCCUCUCGAUGUGCUCGCGACAAUCGGACAUCUUCCAAAGAUAACAUCUCCAACACUGAGAUCCCCUUUGACACGCUAAUCUAGGGCUGCUGGAUUUGAAGUCUUCAUGGGGUACGGACCCUCAGAAAUUCAGCUCUCGUCCUCCCAGGCACGCUCAACCAGAAAAUCCUGACAAACGAGUUUCUUCAUGGCUCCCUACCUCAUCCACAUUCUGAUUCCCGACAAUACGUCUCCAGAAACAGCCUGUGAUAUCGCUCGAAGUGAAAGUGCGCUCGAAAUUAUACAAACCCUAGGGAACAAAGGCUGGGCUGUGUUGAGGAAUUCCACCGCAGUUUCCUCGGCGUCGAAAGAGCAGGAUGUGGUUUCGAAUACGGCGGUUAAGACUCUAUUUGGGGCCUUGCCCUAUGACGGCGAAUAUCAACAUAGCACUGUCAAUAUUGUGAAAAGAACUUCGGCCAAAAGCGAAUGGAUCCGAGCACCCAAAUGGGAAUUGUUUGCUGAAGGCCAGGGCACGUCCGCUAUCUGGUGUCACCACCUCGGAGGUACACCAGAGGACAAAUGGAUCAUGAAGUAUGACAAAGCUGGCCGUUCUCCAGAGUCUGGCGAAGAAGGGGUGGUUGAGUUGAGAGGGACCGACAUAGUGCUAGUCGCCGCGUACUUGAGAUUCAGCGUACCUGCACCAACUCCCGAAAAGGAACUGUAUAUGGCAGUUAUGCUCUACGCUUGGAAAAACCAUAGGUCGGCUGAGCUUAGCUCUGGGACAUCAUGAUACCUGACCCCAGGCGGAACUGGAUUCGCAUCUGAAAGCUGCUGCGAGAGAUAGUCAUCUCCCGUCUCGGGCUUAUAGACCGCGAAGAUCAAUUUGAUUGGUAAAGCCGCCUUGCUGGAGUCCAGGCCAUUGUAUACUGAUGCCAAAGGUGCGCCUCAGAUAAAUUCAGUACGUACAGGGUUGCCAGAUGAAGCCUCGCUAAACAGUUCAUUCAGAAGGGAAUCGUACAUUUCGGAGACUGUCGGUGGGCAAUGUCCCGAAUCGUUGUCGUAAGAUAACCCCGGGCCCUCUUGGUCAUUGAAUGUUAAGGUGCAAGGAGCGUACGAAGACCCGAAUGUGGUCAGCGCCUCAUCAUUUGAGUUAGUAGCACCCUCGGCAAAAGGGAUGAAAUCUUCAAAGUCCAUUUGAUGCACCAUAUUGCUGUACAACUCAUCCACGGAGAAUUCGACAGAGAUUUGGUGCGAUUGUGUUGCUGAUCUGUUUGGUGUUUCUUCCGUCCGGACCGCGUCAUCAUGCACCACAGCUUGUCGUGAUUCGGGGGCACGAAACAUCCCUUCGCCAAGGUCAUCUUGAGAGUUGAGAUGUGUAAUUUGAGUUGCACCACCUUCAACAUCCAGAAGGUUGUGCCCUGCUGUCGCCUUUUGGUGUGGCCCAUCAAUCACCUCAUCCAUGUUGGCUCGAGUUGACACAUUCUCCGGGAGGUCUCCGUAUCCUAGACUCUGUUGCCCCGAUAGAUCUGUUAUGUCUAGCUGAGUUGCCUUCCUCUUUUUGCUUCUCUUUC